AGUCCCCCUUCCUCUUCUGACAGAGCGUGGUUUGCAUUGAUUGGUCAGAGGAAUUAACCAAUAGGUGGGUUCCAGUUGGCGGCUCUCCUCCGUGCGUCUUGUCUGAGUUCGUGGCUGUAGUGUAUUUCUUGGAUUGUCGGCCUUUGGGAAAGGGCGUGUGUGAAAAUUUUCCCGACAAACAUGCGUUUUUACGCGUAUAUUUGUCUUCUCGUAGCCCUAACUGUAAGGGGAGAAGUAUAUUACGAAGAGAAAUUCGGAGAUGAUUCAUGGGAAAGCAAUUGGAUUUAUUCUGAGCACCCCGGAAAGGAAUUCGGAAAGUUCGUCUUAAGCGCUGGGAAAUUUUACAAUGAUGUUGAAAAGGAUAAGGGUAUUCAGACAUCACAAGAUGCCAGAUUUUAUGCUUUGUCCACAAAGUUCCCACCAUUUAGUAACAAGGACAAGCCUUUAGUUGUGCAGUUUUCUGUUAAACAUGAACAGAAUAUUGAUUGUGGAGGUGGAUAUGUUAAGAUCUUUGAUUGUAAAUUGGAACAGAAAGAUAUGCAUGGAGAAUCUCCUUAUGAAAUUAUGUUCGGACCCGACAUAUGUGGACCCGGCACCAAAAAAGUACAUGUGAUCUUCAGUUACAAAGGAAAGAAUCUUCUAAUAAACAAGGAUAUUCGUUGUAAAGAUGAUGUCUACACACAUCUCUACACCUUGAUUGUGAAAACCCACUUAACACAUAUGGUUCUGAUUGACAAUGAGAAAGUUGAAUCUGGAGAAUUGGAGGCAGAUUGGAAUUUCUUGCCUCCCAAGAAAAUUAAGGAUCCAGAGGCCAAAAAACCUUCCGAUUGGGAGGAUCGUGCUACUAUUGAUGAUCCUGAAGACACCAAACCUGAAGAUUGGGACAAACCUGAACACAUUCCUGAUCCUGAUGCUACUAAGCCAGAAGAUUGGGAUGAUGAAAUGGAUGGAGAAUGGGAACCCCCCAUGAUUGACAAUCCUGAUUACAAGGGUGAAUGGAAACCAAAGCAAAUUGACAAUCCAAAUUACAAGGGUCCAUGGAUUCACCCAGAAAUUGACAAUCCUGAAUAUUCUUCGGAUCCUGAACUUUACCUCCGAAAAGAAAUUUGUUCUCUUGGAUUUGAUCUGUGGCAAGUUAAGUCUGGAACAAUAUUUGAUAACAUUCUUAUCACAGAUGACCCUGAUCACGCAAAGCAAGUUGGUGAAGAAGUUUGGCGACCUCAACAUGAGGGUGAAGUUAAAAUGAAAGAAGCUCAGGAUGAGGAGGAGAGAAAGAAGAGAGAUGAAGAAGCCAAAUCAACUUCAAAGGAUGAUGAUGAUGAUGAAGAUGACGAGGAUGAGGAUGAAGAUAUAAAUGAAACUGAUACUGCUGAUGUACCAGAAACUGGGGAGGAAGAGGAUGAAACUCAUGAUGAGCUGUGAAGUAGUGAAGAGACUGAGAAUUUUAAUUUCGGAAAGGACUGAAGAAAACAAGAUUGUAAAAGGAAGUUACUACCCAUUGCAAUGGAACAAUUUUUCCCUUUCAGUAUGAUAUCAAAGUGGUGUAACUUGCCUUUCGAAAUUCAGAUGGAACUGUGAAGUCCAUGUUGUGACUUGUUAAGAAUUGUGCAGUUUUCUUCCAGUGUUUCUAUAAUUUGUCUGCACAAAGUUGCGGUUAUAAUCUUCAUUAAGAAAAAUGAGACUAAUGACUUUUUUUGGUUCAUUGCAUAGUAAAAUGAAUGUUUUUGAGAAAAAAUUAAUUCAGUGUAUAUAGCAGCUUCAUUUGGCACCUUUCUUUCACAAGAGUCUGAAGGAGAGAGUUGAAAGUUCAGAAUGGAUGCAUUUAGGGAAUUAGGGUCAUAAAUUUGUCUUUCAGCUUAUCUUGUGUAUUACUGGACAUUUUCACAUUGGACAGAGGCUCCUUUUUAGAAUAUUAAUUGAGAUCUCUAAAUGCAACCAAAUUGUUAUUUCUUUUGUAGAUGAAUAUGUUUAUAGAGAAUAUGUUCUGUUUCCUUUCUUGUGUUUGAGUGUGAUUUUUAAUAAGUUUGUGCAGCACUGACGAGAAAUUAAAAUACAUUGUUGUAUAAAAUUCUCAAUUUUGUUGUGCAUGAACACCAUAUUUGUAUCAAAUUGAUAAAAAAAAACCUAGGCAUUUACUAAUUCUUAAGCAAGGAACAUACUUCCCAGGCAAGUUUUUAUUUUAUUUUUAUUUUUUUUGGUAAUUUAACCUAUAUCAUAUUAGCAAAAUCAUAAAUGCAGAACUCUUCACACUUGCGACUAAUGCUCCAGUCUGACAGUUAUUUUGCAUGUGAAAGACUGUUAUAGAAAUUGCCAAAUAAUUGACCCGGUAGUAUCUGCUGUUCUGUAUUUAACGGUUUUAUGUGGAUGACGAUAAAUUCUUAAAUGACUGUUGAUUAAAAAAAUUCAUACUGUGGGUGAUGUGUUUCUAUGGUGUUCUGUCUACUCUAUUCAUCACUGCCAGCAUUUCUGGAGAGUACAAUCUCUUGACGGGGGGUGAGUUCUAUGGCUACUCACUAGCCUUUGUUGGCCACUACCAGUACUUCCCAAUCAAAGGAAUUGGUAAAUGUAAAUAAACAUAAUUUACCAACACUUGGGAUAUUCUGUUAUGCACCUUCAGUCCUUUUCCUGGUUUUAAAGAAUAACAAGACCUGAUCUGUUAAGAUGGAAGAUCAUUGAGAUCUGCUGAAGGGGCUAUUUUUUAAUGGCCAAAUGGAACAUUUCUUGGUAAAGUUAUGAAUGUCAGACUGAUAAACUGACAACGGAUGCAGAUGAAGUUUGUAAACCAAGGUAAUAGCUAACCAAGUUUGUUAUAAACCAUAUUGAAACUAAACAAUUUCCAUUUCUUAGAAUAAGUGUAUUUGUAAGCCAUCUUUAGAGAAAACUAUUUUAGAUUGUAUCAGGGUGGGAGGGUCUUGAAAAGUAAAUGAAGUAAUUAAGAAGGGGUAAGAUCAGGCUCGUGAGACUUGUAUGGGGUCAAGUGGGGUAAAUAAGUUUAUAUAAAAAUAAACACAUCAGGUUAUGUAAUUAUGAUGGGACAGUGGAUUUUGCCACAACAUACAUCACCCUGGUUUGUGUAAUGCUCUUGGGUCCCGUGCAAAAUUACAGGUGGGUUAGAUUUGUAGCCUUCCACCCACUGCCACUUAAGUUACAAGCAAAAUUGUUAGGUUUCCUCUAAAUUAGAACAAUAUACAAACUAGCUGGAACCAUAUGAAAAUUCCACAGUUAAUCAUAGUUUUAGAAGCAAAAAUAGCUUCAUAUUGGCCCUAAUUUCAAACCAGAACUGCUUGCCGCAGCAUUACAGGUCAUGUUUUGAUCAUGAGAUAAUAUUGCUAAGUGCUGAG